GUAUUCACAGCUGAGUAUCCUAUAAUAUGUAAAAUCUCCGGGUACAAAAAGCCUUACAUCAGCUUCAUGGAUGGCAUCACAAUGGGCUUUGGAAUUGGUUUAUCUGGUCAUGGUCGUUACAAGGUUAUUACAGAGAGGACUGUUCUAGCGAUGCCAGAAAAUGGAAUUGGGUUGUUUCCAGAUGUCGGUUUUUCCUAUAUAGCGGCACAUGGUCCUGGAGAAGGCAUAGUUGGUGCUUAUCUUGGAUUGACUGGAAGUAGGAUAUCAACACCUGCUGAUGCUCUCUAUGUUGGUCUGGGAACUCAUUAUGUCCCUUCUGCAAAUUUGGGCACAUUGAAGGAAGCUUUGCUUGCCACUAAAUUCUCCGAGGAUCCAGAUGAGGAGAUAAAACAACUGUUGACGAAAUACAGCAGCAACCCUAAUUCAGAACCCCGUUUGAAGUCACUUUUACCCAGAAUAAUUUCUACUUUUGCUGGUGACAAGUCCAUUAGGGAGAUACUAGAAGAGCUAGAACAUCAUCAGCAAAGCACUGAUACAUUGGUGGCAGAAUGGGCAAGGGAUGCUCUGCAAGGGCUUAGUAAGGGGGCCCCUUUUUCUCUCCGUCUCACCCAAAAGCUCUUCUCUAAGGUAGCAUCUGCACGUGGCGAAACUAACAACGACUUGUCCAGGCUCACUGGUGUCAUGAGAACUGAAUAUCGCAUUGCUUUAAGGUCCGCUCUACGGAGCGACUUUGCUGAAGGUGUCCGAGCAGUCUUAGUGGACAAGGAUCAGCAAGUGGAGUCGCGGUGGAUCCUGCCAAAGUAACAAGUAUGGUUAAUUGGCCAAGUUCAAAAGAUGUUAAAGGCUUGAGGGAUUUUCGGGACUCGCUGAUUACUAUAGAAAGCUCGUUCGUGGCCACUCACACAAUUGCUCAAGAAAGAUGCUUUUCGCUGGAAUGAAGAAGUUCAACUAGCUUUUGAUUCACUUAAGGAAGCUAUGAUCACUUUGCCGGUCUUAGCACUACCAGAUUUUAACAAGGUGUUUGUGGUUGAGACAGAUGCCUCAGGAUUAGGGACUGGAGUUGUCCUAAUGCAAGGGACAUCCUAUCGCUUUUCUUAGCCAAGGACUUCCAAUUCGGGCUCAGUCUAAAUCAGUAUAUGAGAGGGAGUUAAUGGCUAUAGUGUUUUGCUGUCCAAAAGUGGUGUCAUUUUUUGAUGGGUCGACUUUUCAUUAUACAAACAGAUCAACGAAGUCUCCAAUUUCUCAUGGACCAGCAUGUUAUGGCAAAAGAGCAACAAAAAUGGAUCACCAAGUUGAUGGGAUUGUAUUUUGAGAUUCAAUAUUGACCUUGUUGUGAAAAUAAGGCAGCUGAUGCCUUGUCCCGCCAAUUUCAUUUCAUGGUCUUUUCUGUUUUACGCAGCAGUACCUUAGAUGAUCUUUACACCGAAGUUCAAUAAGACGACCAAAUCCGUCAGUUGACAUAGGAUUUGCUCCAGGUUCCAACUUCACGAUUGAAUUAUGCUCUAAAAAAUGGCUGCAUAUAUUUCAAAAGUCGGUUGGUGAUUCCUCGGUCGUCAUUAUACAUUCCUAUGCUCCUUAGGGAAUUCCACUCUCACCUACGGGUGGUCACUCUGGGUUUUUUCGUACAUACAAGCGCAUUUCACAAGUCUUAUAUUGGAAUGGGAUCAAAAGGGAUGUACAAAACUUUGUGGCUGGUUGUGAAAAUUGCAAGCAGAAUAAGUAUGAAGCUCUUAGUCGUGUUGGCUUGCUGCAGCCAUUACCUAUUCCUACUUAAGUUUGGGAUGAUAUUGCUAUGGAUUUCAGCGGGUUGCCAAAAGCAAUGGGACAUGAUACUAUACUAGUUGUGGUGGACCGUUUCACUAAAUAUAGUCAUUUUCUUCUCUUAUUUCACCCAUUUACAGCAAAUAUAUGGGUGAAUUGUUUGUUCGUGAGAUUGUACGCUUGCAUGGGUUCCCCAAAUCUAUUGUAUUUGACCAAGAUCGAGUUUUUAUCAGCCAAUUUUGGCAAGACUUAUUCAAGUUGUCUGGUACUAAACUCAAAUUGAGCUCAGGAUAUCACCCUCAAACAGAUGGUCAAACUGAGGUUGUUAAUCGACCCGUGGAGACCUUUUUGCGCUGUUUUGUA